AUGUCUGAUCCCACUGACUCAAAAGUUCAGGAUAUCCUCAAGAAAAUCGAGAGAGAGAGGAAUAUAAAGACCGGAGCGGCUAACCUCAAGAAUCGAACAACAAACCAGGACGUGAUCCAGAAAUGCAACGCCUCAAUCAGAGAUGCUCAGACAAACAUAGAUUAUUUGCAGCAGAUGCUGAACAAACUGCAAAUUGAUCAGCAAGGAUCGAGAUCACCUGAUCGUUCGGUACAGAGUGCUACUCACGGUCAACAGUAUCACGCUCCUUCUGCGACUUCAAGCGAUGGCUAUUCGAAGCCGAUUUUCUCUUCCUUAGAUUUGUUAAAGUACGAGUGUCCCUCUCUUGGUCAUCGUAUUCAGUACAUGCUGCAAGAAUUGCAGCUGAAGUUGCAGGUCGAGAAGAAAUACAGGGAAGCCAACGAGAAGAUGUUCAAGUUGUAUCAGAUGGAAGGAGACCGUCGCAGUAUCGCAGCUGCUGGAAUCGGUAGAGUCGAGGGAGACCAGAAGAUCCAAUUGCUUACAAAAGCGUUGAAGCAGUAUCAACAGAUGCACAUAGACGUCGAUGAAGUCACCAAGGAGACGGCUGUGCUAAAGACCUUUCCCAAGAAGCCUCUUUCGGGUAUCCUCACAUUGAACAUAUCGUUGAUCAGAGCAGUCAACCACAUCGCGCCAGCUCGAUUCUCUAAGGGACCUGAAACAAUGGUAAAGAUCACCGUUGACGACAUCGAAAAGGCCCAUACGAAGUUCUCCAGAAACGGAAAAUGGAACGAGGAGUUUCACAUCGACGUGGAGAAAGGCAAUGAAAUUGGUAUAACUGUUUACGACAAGAACGGUGAUCAUCUGACUCCUGUGGCUCUUGCAUGGUUCUCAUUGGCAGAUGUUGCCGAAGAGAUCCGUAGGAAGAAGAACCGCGGAGACGAAACGGGCUGGAUGAGUGCUUCGUUCGUUCAAAACAACCUGACUACUGGAAACAACAUACCCUCCAGGCCUAGCACGGAUCCUGCUGUCCAUCCACAAUCCUCAGAUGCUCUGGUAAAGACAGGUGGUAAUUCCAGCUCCGAAGGUAGCGCUGCGGAUUCUUCAGUGACGUUCUCCUCCUGGUUUGUAUUGGAACCGGCUGGUCACAUUCUUCUUACUUUUGGAUUCAGUAAAACUUCUGCAUUCAAAAACGGCUCCCGUGGAGAUGCUGUGAAUGGACUGCUCCGUCACGGUGCUAUUCGUCAAAGAAAGGAAGAGGUGUUGGAACACCACGGGCACAAGUUUGUGUACAAACAGUUCUACAACCUCAUGAACUGUGCCAUGUGUGGCUUUUUCCUUCCGUACAGUGGAUACCAGUGCGAGGACUGCCGUUUCCUAUGCCACAAAAAGUGUUAUGACAAGGUGAUUACGAAAUGUAUUUCUAAGUCCAGCGCUGAUCGCGAUCCUUAUGAGGCUAAGUUGAACCAUCGCAUUCCUCACCGUUGGGAGCUCGUCACCAACAAAACUGCGAAGUGGUGUUGCCAUUGUGGUUAUGUACUACCUUUGGGCCGCAAAAAUAUCCGCAAGUGUUCGGAAUGUGGCGUGGUUUGUCAUACUUACUGUUCGCAUUUGGUCCCUGAUUUCUGUGGUAUGACCAUGGAAAGAGCCAGUCAGAUUCUGUCUGAAAUAAAGCUCACUCAGAACGCUAUUGAGAAUACUAGGAAGGCUACCACACCAUCUGCCGCGCAUGCAAGAUUACCAAAACCGGUAACGUUGCCUGCUAAAGAUCUGCCUCCUAUUCCACCUCAGACAAAUGUUCAAGAAUUGAAAACGUACCCUGGUACUGGUCCUCAAAGCCAAAUAAGUGCCAAAGAACCGAUACAUAAGAGUUACACGCACAGUCAUGACCCAAUUGCAGAUGGUUAUAACUACGACUCUUCUAAGGCCGCGUCGACCACCCAGCUUUUGGAACCCUCAACAUAUGACAUUGCCGCUGCUAAGACAGAAGUACCACGUGUAUCCGAAGAAAGGGAACGUACUCGUCGGACAGAAAGCAGGGUUGCUAGGCCUACCGGGCCUAAACCUCAUGAUGGGGAGGCAAAACAUCGUCAUCGCCACAAAUAUGGUCUUGAUGAUUUCAACUUUCUGGCGGUUUUGGGUAAGGGAAACUUUGGUAAGGUUAUGCUUGCAGAAUCCGUUCACACCAAACAUCUAUGUGCAAUUAAGGUUUUGAAAAAGGAUUUCAUCGUCCAGAAUGACGAGGUUGAAAGUACGAAAUCCGAAAAGCGUGUUUUCCUCAUUGCCAACAAAGGGCAGCAUCCUUUCCUUCUUAACUUACAUCAGUGCUUCCAGACCGAAAACAGAGUGUACUUCGUGAUGGAGUAUAUCUCUGGUGGUGAUCUGAUGUGGCAUGUCCAGAAGGCAAGGUUCUCCUGGAGACGUGCACAGUUCUAUGCUGCUGAGGUGCUUCUUGCGCUGAAGUUUUUGCACGAACAUGGAGUCAUUUACCGUGAUUUGAAGCUGGACAACAUCCUCCUCACUCCAGAUGGACAUAUCAAACUGGCUGAUUAUGGGUUGUGUAAGGAAGAGAUGUGGUAUGGAUGUACUACUGCAACGUUCUGUGGUACUCCAGAGUUGAUGGCGCCUGAGAUUUUAAAGGAACAGAAAUACGAUAAAGCGGUUGAUUGGUGGGCCUUCGGUGUUUUGUUAUACCAGAUGCUUCUGACAAAGUCUCCCUUCAAGGGUGAAGACGAGGACGAAGUCUUCAACGCUAUUUUGACGGACGAACCAUUAUAUCCUAUCCAUAUGUCGAAGGAAGCUGUUGACAUUCUACAGAAGCUGCUUACGAGAGACCCUAAGAAACGUUUGGGAGCAGGUCCAAGUGAUGCUGAGGAAAUCAUGGCUCAUCCUUAUUUCUCAAACAUCGACUUCAACGAUAUUCUUUCAUGCAACGUGACUCCUCCUUACAUACCAGAGAUCAGAGACCCUCGUGAUAUAUCUUAUUUCGACGAGGAAUUUACGUCUCAAGCCGCGAAGCUCACGCCAGUCAACUCGUUACUGUCGCUGUCGGUGCAAGAACAGUUCCGUGGGUUCACUUAUGUGAGUGAAGACAGUGUUGCAUAA